GUAACAAAAGUGAAAGUAAAAAUAAUUUCACAUUGUUUAUAUUAAGCAAACCAAAUGGCAUGAUGUUUUAAUUUAAUUUUUAAUUUACGGAUAGCCAGGGGCACACCAACACUCAGACAUCAUUUACAAAUUAAGCAUUUGAAUGAAGUGUUUGUUGUCAUUCAACGAGAGACAACUAGUUUUCAUGCACAUGUUUUCACUUUAGAAAUACUGCAACAAGUUUCUUAGUUAGAUAUUUACCAUUUUGCGACCUCGGUAAAGACGUCUAAAUUAAUUACAGAUUUCUUGAUUUAUCUUAGAUUAAUUCUGGCUAUUUUGAUUACGUGUUUCUGGCUGUGUAGUUGCUACAGUAGCUCAAGAGGGACAAAGUAAUAUUGCCUUUGCCGUCUGCCUUUUUCAAUUAAAGGUCUUUAUGGAGUUUGUGAACAGAGACAUUCUCUUCGCUGAUUUCUGCUUGGAGCAAACCGAACCUAUGUCGGCAGACGCCUUUAAGCGUAAAUCAUAGUCCACAGACGCUGUGGCGCGACAUCCCAUUGUGACACAGCUACGCGGCUCUGACGCACAGCGGGGAGGGGACACAGCCCGAACGCACAACUUCGCACAAUUUCAACACAAUGGAUUCGGCCGAUCCAUCCAACCCCCCUCUCUCCUGCUCCACUGAACCCAACCCUCCGGAGUCACUGGUUCCUGACUCUAACCAUAGAGACAUCAACAACUGCAGUGAAAUACCCAGAUUUAACAUUGUAGUCAAGGAGGAGGAGGAAGACUGGGAUGUGGAUAAUAUUGGAGAGAAUCCUAACCCCAGCUCUGGUGAAGAGGCAUCAACAGAACAACACCAGGAGAAUCCUACGGCUAAGAAGCCUUGGCGAUGCCCCCAAUGUGAAAUAGAAAUCGCUCACCCAUCCAAUAUCAACAGACACCUAAGAACACACACAAAACCUGCUAAGGAGUCUUCCGUCUGUCCAGUAUGUGGAAAAGACUUUGUUCACCCCUCCAAACUGAAGAGACACCGCCGAACACAUACAGGAGAGAAGCCUUACCAGUGCUCUGUGUGCGGGAAGCGAUUCACACUGAAGCCCCACCUGGAAAGACAUCAGAUGACCCACCCUGGAGGGAAGCAGCCAGACGCGACAAAGAAGCACCCGUGCUCUUAUUGUGGAAAGGAAUGUUUCUCUGCAUAUGAACUGAAGAUGCACAUGAGAAAGCACACAGGGGAGAGACCUCACCAGUGCUCCUACUGCGAGAUGAGCUUUGGCUGUAAGGGAACUCUAUCGAGACACGUACGACGCCAUACAGGAGCACCCACACCGAAACCUUACCAAUGCUCACAGUGUGGGAAGAGAUACGAGUCACCGUCGAGGCUCAGGCAGCAUCAGACUGUGCACACUGGAGAGAAACCUUACGAGUGCUCUGAUUGCGGGAGGGGUUUCGCUUCGACCGAAGGUCUUCGCAAACAUCAAUGCAGCCAUGCCAGUAACCAUAGCAACCAGUGUACACUGGGAAUUUCAGAAACGGCAUCAUCAGGCAGUCAAACUAUGAAUAUCAAGAUCAAAGACGAGGAACAGGAGCUGGCAAUUAAUGUCAAAGAGGAGGAGGAAAUUGGUGUUUUUGUCAAUGCUGAUAGAGAAACCUUACCGGAGUACCACCUGUAAAAAGAGCUUUGUUCACCCUAGCUCUCUAGCAAGACACUGAACCAAUCUCGUGGACAGGGAUCACAACAGCAGGUGUCUAUUCUAGUACCGGAUGUCAGAGUGAAAGAGAAGAAGGAAGAUCCUGCUUUUGGAUUCUGCUGACCCAUCCAACCCCCCUCUCUCCUGCUCCACUGAACCCAACCCUCCGGAGUCACCGGUUCCUGACUCUAACCACAGAGACAUGGACACCUGCAGUGAAAUACCCAGAUUUAACAUUGUAGUCAAGGAGGAGGAGGAAGACUGGGACGUGGAUAAUACUGAAGAGAGACCUGACCACUGUUCUGAGAGUGAAGGGAGUCCCUCUACAACAGGACUACCUGAACAACACCAGGGGAAUCACACAGCUAAGAAGAUGCACUGCUGUUCAGUGUGUGGAAAAAACUGUCACAAGUUAUCAAAACUACAAAUACACAUGAGAACUCACACAGGAGAAAAACCUUACUCCUGCUCUGUCUGCGGGAAGCAAUUCAGUGAGAAAGGAAACCUGAAAAAACACCAGACGUUGCACACAGGAGAGAAGCUGUACAGUUGCUCCGUGUGUGGUGAGAGUUUCUCUUCAUCGUCAAUUCUUACCAAUCACCAGAGAACACACACAGGAGAGAGUCAAGUGUCUGUAGAAGAGUGUGGUUUUACACCACCACUUGUUAUCAAAGUGAAAGAGGAGGACGAGGAUCCUGCUUUUGCAGAGAGACCUGACCACUGUUCUGAGAGUGAAGGGAGUCCCUCUACAUCAGGACUACCUGAACAACACCAGGGGAAUCACACGGCUAAGAAGAUUCACUUUUGUUCAGUGUGUGGAAAAAACUGUCACAAGUUAUCAAAACUACAAAUACAUAUGAGAACUCACACAGGAGAAAAACCUUACUCCUGCUCUGUCUGCGGGAAGCAAUUCAGUGACAAAGGAAACCUGAAAAAACACCAGACGGUGCACACAGGAGAGAAGCUGUACAGUUGCGCCGUGUGCGGGGAGAGUUUCUCUUCAUCGUCAAUUCUUACCAAUCACCAGAGAACGCACACAGGAGAGAGUCAUGGUUUUACACCACCACUCGUUAUCAUAGUGAAAGAGGAGGAAGAGGAUCCUGCUUUUGCAGAGAGACCUGACCACUGCUCUGAGACUGAAGGGAGUCCCUCUACAUCAGGAUUACCUGAACAACACCAGGGGAAUCACACAGUUAAGAAGAUUCACUGCUGUUUAGUGUGUGGAAAAAACUGUCAGAAGUUAUCAAAACUACAAAUACAUAUGAGAACUCACACAGGAGAAAAACCUUACUCCUGCUCUGUCUGCGGGAAGCAAUUCAGUGACAAAGGAAACCUGAAAAAACACCAGACGGUGCACACAGGAGAGAAGCUGUACAGUUGCUCCGUGUGUGGGGAGAGUUUCUCUUCAUCGUCAAAUCUUACCAAACACCAGAGAACACACACAGGAGAGAGUCAUGGUUUUACAACACCACUCGUUAUCAAAGUGAAAGAGGAGGACGAGGAUCCUGAUUUUGCAGAGAAACAUGACCACUGCACUGACAGUGAAGUGGGUCACUCUACAUCAGGAGAACCUAAAAGAAAACAGGAGAAUCACACAGCAAAGAGCUCUCACUGCUGUUCAGUGUGCGGAAGAGAUUGCCAAAAGCUAUCAUCACUGCUAAUACAUAUGAGAAUACACACAGGAGAAAAGCCAUACCCUUGCUCUGUGUGUGGAAAGCAGUUCCGUGUUAAAAGACAUCUUCAAGACCACCAGAAAGUGCACACUGGAGAGAAACCUUACGUCUGCUCCAAAUGUGACAAGAGGUUUGGUUUCGCCUCAGCCUUGAAAAGGCACCAGUGGUUACACGCAGAAGAGAAACCUUACUCCUGCUCUGUGUGUGGGAAGGGUUUUGGCCGUCCAGAUCAGUUAAAGGACCACUCUCUGCAACACGCAGGGAAACCCCACUGCUGUUCUGUGUGUGGGAAGGGUUUCAGCCGUCCAGAUCAGCUAAAGGACCACUCUCUGCAACACGCAGGGAAACCUCACUACUGUUCUGUGUGUGGGAAGUGUUUCAGUGAGAAGAGGUAUCUUGAAGACCACCAGUCAGUGCACACUGGAGAGAAACGACACCCUUGCCCUGUCUGCAAGAAGAGUUUUGUAAGAUUAGCAGGCCUUAAAGUCCACCUCAGAUAUCAUACAGGAGAGAAACCUUACAGCUGUCCUAAAUGUGGCCAGAGCUUCAUUAGUUCUCAAAAACUUCAGAGACAUCAGAAAACUCAUGCUGCUUUACCACCUGUUGAGUUUCAAAACCCUGUUACAAUUGAAGGAGAGCGGGAGGGAGAAGAUGAGGAAGUUGGUGGUCUGAUUAAUUCAGAUGGAGAAGAGGUUGGUUGGGAUCUUCAUCGUCUCGACGAGAGUUCGGAGGGGAGAACCUCUACAUCAGGAGAACCUAAAGAAACCUAGGGGAAUCGCAAAGCUCAGAGAUACAGUUGCUCUGUGUGUGGGAAAGACUGGCAACGGUUAUUUGGUCUGAAAAAGACAAAAAUGACAGUGCACACAGGAGAGAAAUCGUACAGCUGUCCUGUGUGUGGGAAGAGUUUUAGACGAGCAGACCUCGUGAAACAACACCUCUGGACACACAAAGGAGACACAUGGGGAGAAACCUUACCCAUGUUCUGUCUGUGGGAAGACUUUUAAGCAAGAUCAUCAGACCUUUAAAAUGCACAAGAGUUCACACAGGAGAGAAACCUUACAGCUGUGCUGAAUGUGGCCAGAGCUUUUUGCCAUAGUUUGUACAUCUGCGUUGUUAUAUUGCUUAUAUAGGUCUAUCUCAUUAGUAGCUUAUUAAUAAUUUUAGGUAAUGUAAGAAUGAAGCAUUUAAUUGUUUUUCUUUACUUUGUGUGUUAUAAUUAUCUCUUGUGAUUUUCUCCAUGAGGGUGGUGAGAUAGAGACCCAACAACACGUUAUAUUAUAGUAUCCCUUCCUCAUAACCAUGUUUGCCAGUGACAGUCUCUUCUCCAUGAGGGUGGUAAGAUAGAGACCCAACAACAUAUUAGUCUCCUCCCAUUCAAAUAUUUUUGUUCGUCAAAAAGUCCAGUUAGUAGAUGCAUGUAAUUCCAGCUCGUAUUGCGAGGGUUGUUUUCCCAAUGCUUUUUCAGUGCGUCUGUCUGUCUAUAAAAGUGAAUCCUCGUGA